GCGGGGUUGGCACUGACCAAAUAAGGACAAUCAUGCCGGAUGUGAUUUGCCGCGUGGUCGAUCACUAGCGCCCGGUAAUUGGGCCUUGGUGAGACUGCACCCUGACUAGCACCGUCACCUUGCCCGCUUCAACUCCCAACAUACCCUUAUUCUCCACCAUAUCCUGCGGCCAAUAUGGCUGAUAUACCUAACACAUUCCCUGCUUCCAAGCUAGGGGAGUACACCGUUAUCCAAGACAUUGCUGAAGGUACCUUUGGAAAGGUCAAGAUGGCGGUCCAUACAGUGACAGGACACAAGGUCGCGAUGAAGUUUAUCUCCAAACAAGUGAUCAACGCGACGAAGACGAAGUCGAGGGUGCAGCGAGAGGUGGAGUACAUGCGGACACUUAGGCAUGCUCAUAUCAUCAAGCUAUAUGAGGUGAUAUCAACUCCUACAGACAUAAUCAUCGUCCUCGAAUUCGCCGGGGGUGAACUGUUCAAUUACAUCGUCGCUAACGGCCGAAUGCCCGAGGCUCAAGCUCGCCGGUUUUUCCAGCAAUUGAUAUCUGGCAUAGAGUACAGUCACCGGCUGAAGAUCGUUCACCGUGAUCUUAAGCCAGAGAAUGUGCUCCUAGAUGAUGACCUCAAUGUCAAGAUUGCCGACUUCGGCCUGUCUAACAAGAUUGCAGACGGCGACUUUCUGAAGACCAGUUGCGGAAGCCCUAACUAUGCUGCGCCCGAGGUCAUUCGUGGUGGACUAUACACUGGUCCAGAGAUUGACGUCUGGAGUUGCGGAGUUAUCCUAUAUGUAAUGCUCUGCGGUCGCUUACCGUUCGAGGAUGACGACGUGCAAACGCUCUUUACUAAGAUCAGCCAGGGAGUAUACCAUAUGCCUGGGUAUCUUUCACCGGACGCACGCAACCUGAUCAACGGCAUGCUCGCUGUCGACCCCGUGAAGCGUAUCACGAUUCCAGAAAUCCUCAAGCACCCCUUCUUCACAACCGACCUUCCGCGAUACCUUCAGCCGCUCCCGCCACCUCCAGGGCCCAUACUCGGUCCAUUAUCCACUCUCGUUACUCCUCCUAAGACUCUCGAUUUCGAGAUUAUUGAAGGGCUCGGACGAAUUGAAGAUGAGGUCGUGGAAGACCUUGCAUCUCGAAUGGAAGGUGUUGACAAGCAGGAGAUAUGGGACUGCUUACGCAGAGAUGACGGACCCCAGGGCAACGCCGUGAAAGUCGCGUACAUGUUACUUCGAGAUAAACGUCGGCUCGGUCAUGACUUGGCUGAGUUCAUGGAACAAGAGCGUGACGCCGAAUUGGCAGUCAUGGAUCCACGAAAUCCCCUUUCACCAAACGCUAUGUCUCCUGGUGGUGGUGGAGACUUAGAGGAGAACCCUUUCGAAUCGGAGUUCGUCGACUAUGACGACGAUGAGGACGAUCUAGAUGAUGGACUCGACUUCUCUACCCCUCAGAACGAGACUGAGAACAGUAAUUUCGCAGUUCUCAAUUCGUCGCUCCCAGAGCAACUCCCCGAACAGCAUCACCUACAAGCAUACGCCAACGGUAAGCGGUGGGCACUUAAAGACAAGAAGCAACAUCGUACGAAAUGGCAUUUCGGCAUUCGAAGCAGAUCACCGCCUAUGGAAGUCAUGCUUGAGAUUUAUAGAACGCUGAAGGCGUUAGGGAUGGAAUGGAAGGAGAAGAAGGACUUGGGCGGUUUGGGUGGAAUCGCGGCAGCCCGAGAUAGGGGAAGAGGUGGCGAGCGCGCACGGAUUGACAGAGCACGAGAAUAUGAUGGAGGUGGGUAUGUUGACCUCAGGGCAGCAGCAUCAAUAUACUUCAUCGAAACACGUGCUCGAGUUCAGGACGUGGUGGUUCUUAUGAAUCUUCAACUAUACAUGGUCGACUCUAUCAACUACCUCGUCGACUUCCACCACAAGAAGACUUACAAGGCUGCUCCUGAUCCCGACGCAGGGCGGUUCGCCAUGGCCCAUCCUGAUUUCUCCCUGGAUACGAUCUCGGAAUCAAGCAAGUCAAUGAAAGACGUUAACAUGCGAGAAGAUGAGGUCAUUUCUCCUUUCGUCUUCAUGGAUGUUGCUUGUCGAUUGAUUCUCGAACUAGCGGGGGGAGCCUCCGAGUGAGCCUGGUUUGCAAUGUUAUAUCGAUCUGUAUUCGUGAUCGCCUGUCCGUGUCUUGCUUAUGCUGUCUGUUGUAUCGUUGAUGCUGUUUGUUUGCUCUGUAGUUUGUACGCGGAUGUCUGUAUUGUAGCUAGCAACUCUCUGUCUCUCUGUUUACCUUCAUAUAUUAACAACUGAAGUACCCCUCUGCCACGAUCGCUGUUCCCACCAACCGAUAUCAUAUAACAACCAUAUUGUAUAUGUUACACCGAUUCUAAUGCACCCUGUCAUCCUGGUUGCGUGUAAUUGCAAAAGCUUUCAUUUCACUAUGUCAUACAGCUAUGUAUGAAGUUCAAAUAUCCAUUAUUCAUAUGUACAUGUGAGGUGAGCGGGGCAACUGCUUGCAAAUCUGUAUGAAACACCGGCUCUGCUCUCUUCGCUGAAAAAACGAUGCGAGCGUGA